AUGAAUUCUGAUUUUUUGAAAUAGAUUGAAGAAGAAAAUAGGAUUUUAGAAUAGGAAUUGUAGAAUCUAUUAAAGUAAAUAAUAAUCCCAACCUUUUCUAAGUUAAAAGAGACAAAGAGUAGAGAAAGAAAUUGAAGAUCCUGAUGAGGAUAUUAAUCAAAAUUUUAGAAGUGAAAAAGGGGAUCUAAGUAAAAUAGACGAAGAAACAGACGAAGAGUAACCCAAUCGCAUUGAGCCACAUAGAUUGAUGGAAUCUCCAUAAAAGACAGGUAAAAUAUUUUUGAAUUUUUAAUUAGAAUCGGUAAUAGAUAACAUUUAAGAUUCCAUAAACAAUUAUUUGGAGAAAAAUAGUAGUAGUAUUGUCGAUAUUUAAAGUAAUAGGCAAUCAUAAAAAAAUGUAGACUAAAAAAAUAAAUAAAUUAAUUCUUUGGAAAUGCGUCUAUUGGGUACAAGAGAAGCUUUGAAAUGUUUAGAAAAAGAAGUGAAAGAUAAAAAUGCAAUUAUAUAAAAUUUGGAGAUUGAUUUAGCUAAAAAGUAAAAAUAAAUUGAUUCUCUCUAAAAAACUACUUUUAAAUCAAAUACUCCUCCUAAUAAAGAAGUUAAUAAUGAGGGAUUUUAGGAAAUCAAGAAAUAAUGUAAGGAAUGGGAGAGAAGAUACAUUGAAUGCAAUAGUUAAUUAAAAGAGAAUCAGAAGUAUGCAUCGAAAUUAUAAGAAUUAAAUCAGCAAUUAUUGUAUAAGUUAAAAUAAUUUGAAUCUGACAAGGAAUACUCUAAGACCAAAUUGGAUUAAUAGAAGAGUAUAAACAAUGAAAUGAGCGAGACAAAUACAAAUAUUUUAAUUAAGUAUGCAAUAUGAUAUAUCCCAUUUAGAUUUGAAUAGAUUAUAAAAGCUUAGUAAGAACAGAUCUUAUCUUAAGAGAAUAAGUACAGAUUAUUAGAGGAUAAGUAUGAUGAAUUAAAACUGAAUAGUGAACAAUUUCUAUUAAGUUCUCGCGACUUGAAAUAUCAAUAUGAGCACAUGCUUAACACUCUACAAUCAAUUGCAAAUAGUUAUUGA